UCGGCGGAAGGUCAACGCAGGCUAUAUAAUAGUCGCAAUGCAGGCGCGGGCGCACUCAGUACGACGCGCGUUGUGACCGUGAUUUUUGUUUUCAAAACAUAAUGCGCUGCUUAAUUUUCCUUGCCAUCGUGGCCGCAGCUCACGCGCACCCUGCGCUGAUCUUUACCCAGGCGCUUCAGCCAAUUGGAGUUGAGUACGCUGAGAAUGCUGGUCCACUUGUCCGCCCGCAUCCCGCCGUCGAACAAAACGCCGCCCAGGACGGCCAGCUGCCGCGUGAACUUCUCAAGUCUCGAGACUUCUAUGACAAUCCAACGAUUGCUGAAGGUCUGGCGAGAGAGUCGUGGUUCACCAACAAGGAGAUGCAGGUCGUUGAGAGGGAGGCUGAAAAGAUCCCUAGGGAAAGGAUCUAUAAAAUUGUGAAGAGCGCUGGCUUCUUAGAUCAGUAAAAGUUAUUUAUGAUCGUAAUUACGUCGCUCGGAAUGUUUGCGAUGUUAAUUAUUUCCUUCACAAGGUCUGAACUAUUGAACCAGACUUUAACUCAAAUGUCAACUAUAGUCCUCCUCAUCGUUUUCGAUGACGGCGACCCUAAAUAAACAUUAUAGACGUUGUCUAGCGUGAGCCCUAAUGUGGCUGGCCAAGCCGAACUUUCUACUCUAUUGCACGCGUGACAAUAAAAUAAAUAAAUGUCGACUAAUGAGUUAUUGAAGGUAUCAAUAACAUGCCAUCAUCUUAAAAGUCUUUAUUACGUAGGUAAUUAUUUUAUUUGAAAUGUUUGCCAUUUAGAAUAAUGUUUAGUGUUUAUUGUUUUUUUGCAUAGCAUAUGGAAUUAAACAGUUUUAAGUCAUCAAGAGUCAAUAGAUUUAGUAAAGUUGUACUUUAUUGUGUGAAUGUCCUUUGUUUUUUGUAAAUAUCGUCACCGCCAAUAUUUAGUACUUAACUUAAUAAUGUUUACUAUAAUAAUGUUGUAUUUAAAUAUAAUUAAAAGAUAUAGAGUCAAUUUUGUACAAAUGUACACUCCUACCAGUACUUACGUAGUACCUACAGAAACUUGUUUACAUGCAGGCAUAUAAUUUAAAUGUUUAUGUAACUAAUUAUAAUUUAGGAGUGUGAAGGUAAACAUGCCCUUAUGUUAUUUGUUUGUAAGUUUCAUCGUUGUAUAUAUUUAAAUAUUUAAUGCGAUUUUAUUUAAGUAUAUUGAUUGAUUAUUAGGUACUAAGUAUAAUUCAGCUGCGUAUUAUGCAGGUAUUGUGUAGAAGGAUUUGAUUAUAUUUUUAUAUGACUUAGUUACAUCGAAAACAAGUGUUUUUCAUAUGCGACGAGAGUAGGUACUAUUCUGGUUGUUUUUGGGUCGUAUGAAGAGCGGCUAGUAUCAACCUGUAGCCCCAUAAAAAUACAAUUCUUCUUAU